AUGUAUAUAUAUAUAUAUAAAUUGAGGAUCCUGGUCACUGGUGCGGGCCUCGCUGGCCCAACAGCUGCUUUCUGGCUGACCAAAGCCGGCCAUGAAGUCACCAUUGUUGAGCGCUUCUCCCAGCUGCGAGCCGCCGGGCAGCAGAUUGACAUUCGAGGCCCUGCUGUUGAAGUAGUCAAGCGAAUGGGACUGAUGGAAACGUUCAAGUCCAAAGUCGUGCCCGAGAGAGGACUGAAGUUUGUCGACGACCGAAACCGACAAUUUGCCUUUUUUGGAGUCAACACGGACGAGAAAAGCUUCACCACCGAAUACGAGAUUAUGAGGGGAGACUUUUGCGAGAUACUGUACCAGGCCACCAAGGACUCGGUGACAUAUAUCUUCAACAGGACCGUCGAAAGUUUUACGCAGGAUGAGAACUCGGUCCAAGUGCGCUUUUCCGAUGGCCACGAGGAGACAUUUGAUAUGCUCAUUGGUGCAGACGGGAUCCGGUCGAGAACCAGAAAGAUGAUGCUGGGUACAGACUACAGUGGCCCAGAUCCUUUCCGCUCUCUGAGGUUCCGCGUCGCCUACUUUUCUGUCCCUAGCCACCCUGAUGACGGUUGGGAGUUUACCUCGUACCAUACGACGCAAAGACGUUUUGUGGCGACUCGCAAGAACCACCCUGAUACGCUUCAAGCUUACUUCUCCAUUGUCACCGACUCUGCUGAAGCGGAUGCCAUAGAUAGACAACCUAUUGAUGAGCAAAAGAAGUUUUGGGCCAAGACCUUUCAAGACGCAGGCUGGCAGUCGCAGAGACUCAUUUCCGGAAUGCUUGGAAGCGACGAGGCCAAGAACUUCUACCAUGAGCACGUUGGCCAAGUCAAAAUGGAGUCAUGGCACCAAGGUCGAGUAGUCCUAGUUGGCGACGCAGCAUCUUGCCCUUCACCACUAAGUGGAUCCGGUACUACCUGCGGUAUUGCUGGCGCAUAUGUGCUUGCAGGGGAGAUUGCAAAGCAUUGCAAGCACUCCAGCGAUAUGGCCGCCGUUGAUGCCGCCUUCAAGGGCUAUGAGACAGCAUACCGACCUUUCAUCAACAUAGUCCAAGAACUGCCUGCGAGCCCGGAAUUCAUGUUUCCAAAGUCCCAUUUGGGCAUUUGGGUCCUUCGCUUUGUUCUGCAAGUGGCAGCCAAAUUCCGCAUUCAGGCUGUUAUCGACUUGUUUUCAAGCCACGAUGGGGAUUGGAAGUUACCGUACUAUGGAGAAAGGGAGUCUCGACAAUGA